UGCAGCCAGAUAUACAGCUGACGAGUUCUCAUAUCCCAUACCCGGAUCUCCUUGGUGGUGAUGCUCAGAGAACAUCCGAGACGACUUGAUCUCCAAUCUUGUUCAUCCUCCGUUAUCCUCCAUUCGGUGUUCUAAUUUUUCAUUCCUACAUCACUCUCUUUCCCAUUUUCCUCCGCCUGCCUCCUCCUCAAGACCCGAGCUCUCCACAGACGUACAAGUCGAGUCAGAAGAGACGUCCCUCCUCUUCCCCCUCAUAUCCUCGCUGCUCUCUCCGCUCUCCUCCUUUUGUCUACUCGGAUCGGUCCCCCGUAGGACGGAUCGCUCGACACCCGGUGUGGCACUACCAACAUGACGGUCGACCUUGACGAAACAGCAGGACCUUCAGACCGACCCCUCCGAGGUCUGAGUCUGCGUCGUGCGACGAAGGCGGACCUGGAUAUUCUGACGGAUAUGAGAAAGGAAUGUGGUUGGGGCUGGGAGAAGCUCCCGGCGCGGGUGGAGAAGAACAGGGACUGGAUCUUGUGUGUGUUCACGAAGGAGGUGGAUGGCGAGAUCAGAGAUGUGGGCAUGGGAGGCUGGGGAUUGGAUUGGCCAGAGUAUCCGUUCAUGGCUUCGAGAGCGGAUAAGGUUGUCUAUCUGACAUCCCUCUUCAUUCGACAUGCGUAUCAAGGCCUAGGCCUCGGUGGUACAGCGAUGGACCUAUUAGAACGAGAAGCUCGAGAUACAUUCGGAGGUCAAGUCGUCACGCUAGAUACUGCAAGAUACGCGUAUGACAGCCGGAGAGAUCUUCAAGUGGGACAUGACUCGAACGACAGGGAGAAAGUGUCGAGCAACUUGUCAUGGUAUGUGAGGAGAGGGUAUGAAGAGUUCCGGGAUCCCGUCCCUCUUUUCCCUGAUCCGAGGCCAGAUGAUCCAGACUACAAGAUCGUAGCUGCUUUCUUGAGGAAAAGUAUGUAGAGCUCUACCAGUCGCGCGUGAUUCAGGAGGAGUUCUUGGAUGGCUCCGCUCGUAGAAUAGAUCCCGGAGCAUGUAGUGGCUUGCAUCUUUGGGCUACCGAGUGCCUGUGAACAUCGCGUACGAUGUCCGCGUCGCUGAGGGUUCCCAGUGACGCCGCUUCCAGAGAAGUCAUAGAGCGGUAUACUGACCCACAAGAUGUAGAUACGCCAGGCCUACAAGACAAGACGAGGGAUCGAAAUCGAAGCUACUCCCCAGGCGUACUCGAGCAGGCUUUCAGAGCCCAAGGGAAGCGAUGUUGGGCGAAUAGACCAAAACUGUGCGCGGAUGUUGGCCCUGACAGGUUACAGGAUGAGCGGGCUGUGAGAGCGUUCGCUCAGUUGCAGAAUGGCCCACGUCUGGCCUCGGAUGCAUGGGUAGAUGUGG